AGCCUCUCCAUAUUCUUUGUUUACUUGCCCUCUUCCUAUUUGCUUCCCCACCCUCUCCUGUUCUCUUCACUCCCUCAACUAAACCUCCUUCCCUGUCCCUCUCUCUACACGCUUCUUCUUUCUCAACCAAACCCACAUUUGGUUUAUCCUUGUUUAGAUUUAACCAUCAAUCUUGUCCUUUUUCUUUCCCUGGCUCAACCACUCAGUUCCACAGAAACUUCUAUAUCAUAUUAACAUUAUAGCAAACCAAAAGCCAAAAGGAAAAACAAACCAAACAUACUAACUCUGGCUUUUGCUUUCUCUCUCCUUCUUCUGCCGGACCUGGAAUGCAGCUCGGAUAAAAGCACAAGGAGUUGUUAAAAAUAUUCCAUUCAUCUUCUUUCCCUGGUAUAGCAAUGAAAAUACGCCGCGACGAUUCACAUUUUUCGCUAGAAGAAGCAAUCGGAUUGUAACUUCAGCAGAGGGAUUUGAAAAGCUCCUCAUCUAUGGACUUAGAGUUGCGGAAUACACACGACCGCUCUCUCAUUGCUCUUCUGAGAUCAUCGCCGUCUAUGGAUAGGAGCUUAGAGCUGCGAAAUACACACGAACGGUCCCUCAUUGCUCUUCUGAGAUCAUCACCGUCUUCUACUUCUUCGUCGUCGUCGUCAUCUUCUUCUUAUUCUUCCUGGACUCCGGGUGAAGACGCCAUUCUUCCUCAUUCUUCUCCGCCGGUUCGAACCGGAUCCGAGGCUUUGCGGCAGGAACUGGACCGGCCUAUGAUUGCGGAGAAUGAAGCCAUUCGAGGCAUGGGAUUGGGAUUUAGACUCGUCAGUUUUGUGGGUCACGGCGGACUGGAGUGGAAGGACGUGGAGCGGCGGUUCGACCAGAUCGCCUCCCGGACCCUUAACGGCAGCGAACCGGUGGUGAAAUGGUCGGGGUUUGGGUUUUGCAUCGGGAUGCAGCAAUCGCUAGAGUUUGCCAAUGAGUUGCUGAGGGCUCUACGUGGAGGACGAGACUGGAAAAUUGACGUCACCAAAAGUGAUAUACGAAGAUUCUGGCUUCGGAUGAAGGAUGAAUCUUUUGACUCUAGAAUGAGGAUCUUCUUUGACAUGUGUGACAGAAACAUGGAUGGAAGAAUUACUGAGACGGAUAUAAAGCAGACAAUCUUACUGAGUGCCUUUACAAACAAGCUAUCCGUGACCCAAGAAGAAGCAAAUGAUUAUGCUGCUAUGAUCAUGGACUUGCUUGAUAACAAAAGCAGAGGCUACAUUGAGGUAACUCAAAUGGGGCGUCUCUUCAAAACAAGACCACCAAAUUCUUCUUUUUCUGCUUCUCCAGCUACACAAUUGCCAGUAGUUACAAAUAGUGGCGUCCUAAAUGGGGAGCUUCGUGAAGAACAAGAGCUAAUGUCAAGGGGUGAAGUGUUGUUUAGAACAUAUUGGAGACGGGCUUGGAUUGUUCUUCUUUGGGUGAUUGCCUGUUGUGUGUUAUUUUAUUGGAAGUUUGUUCAAUACCGCGAAAGAUCUGCAUUUGAAGUGAUGGGUUAUUGUCUUUCGACGGCCAAGGGAGCUGCCGAGACCUUAAAACUCAACAUGGCACUGAUUCUCCUUCCUGUUUGUAGAAAUACAAUCACGUGGCUCCGCAAACACCCUUGUAUCAACUCCGCCGUCCCCUUUAACGACAACAUUAACUUCCACAAGCUGAUUGCAGGAGGAAUAAUGGUGGGUGUGAUCCUACACGGUGGUACGCAUCUAGCUUGUGAUUUUCCACGGAUCAGUGGCGCUGAUAAAACAUUGUUCAAGCAAACCAUAGCCGUCAGAUUCGGUUACCAUCAACCAAAUUACUUGGAAAUUUUGACCACGAUAGAGGUGGCAAGUGGGAUUGCCAUGGUGGUGCUGAUGGCCAUUGCAUUUGUAUUGGCAACAAAGUGGCCACGACGUCGUUCUGCUAGGCUGCCCUUGUCUCUACGAAAGGUCACAGGAUACAAUACCUUUUGGUACUCACACCACUUGUUCAUCCUCGUGUAUGCCCUCCUGAUUGUACACUCCAUGUUCUUGUUCCUGACCGACAAAUGGCUGGAGAAAACGACAUGGAUGUACGUUGCUUUUCCAGUUUUAUUAUACAUUGGAGAGAGGAUCUUUCGGGUCAUAAGAUCAGGAUUUUAUGAAGUUGAUAUUUUGAAGGCGAAUCUCUAUCCUGGAAAAGUUCUGUUUCUCAAAAUGCAAAAGCCAGAAGGUUUUAAGUACCAAAGUGGCAUGUACAUAUUCCUUCAGUGCCCUCAAAUCUCACCUUUUGAAUGGCACCCAUUUUCCUUGACUUCAGGACCACAAGAUGACUACCUAAGUGUGCACAUCAGAACUCUUGGAGACUGGAGCUACCAAAUUCAUGCUCUUUUUCAGGAGGCUGGACUAUCAAGAGGACAUAGUUGUCCAAAACUGUACAUAGAUGGUCCUUAUGGUGCUGCAGCACAAGACCAUGUGAAGUAUGAUAUUGUGGUGUUAAUUGGGCUUGGGAUUGGAGCCACCCCAUUCAUUAGCAUCCUCAAAGAUGUACUUAGUGGUGACCAAGCACCUCCAAUUGAUCAUAGCGGUCUCAGAGAAUGCAGCUUAGGAAAGAAGCCACUAAAAGCAUACUUCUAUUGGAUUACAAGAGAACAAAGCUCCUUUGAUUGGUUUCGAGAUGUUAUGAAGGAAAUCUCAAAUUCAAACAAAAAGGAGCCUGUUGCGGAGAUGCACAAUUUCUUGACGAAUGUAUAUAAAGAGGGCGAUGUACGUUCAGCUUUGAUAAGCAUAAUUCAGUCCUUGCAUCAUUCCAAGAAUGGUAUUGAUGUUGUCUCUAACACUCCGAUUCGCACGCAUUUUGCUAGACCAAAUUGGUUCGCCAUAUUUUCCAGGUUGGCUCGCAAGCAUAGUGGUGCUAAAAUUGGGGUCUUCUACUGUGGCCCAUCAAAUUUGGCAAGAGAUUUGAAGAGGCUGUGCACCGAAUUUUCCGUCAAAACUACAACUAGAUUUGUUUUUCACAAGGAAAAUUAUUAAGAUUUAUACCUAACACGUGUUGAUGUGUCAGUUAUGCCAGUUCCAUAACUAAGAAGGCAAAGCCGCUUCCAAGAUCCAUUGCAUAGUAGAAAGCAUAAAUGCUUCUACAAAAGCUUAUCCUUUUAUAUCGUCAGAGCAGCUGUAACUACAUAUAUAUUGCUCUGGUGUAUCUGUCAUAAGCCAACUUCAAGAACUGAUUCAAUACAAUACUAAAAAGAAAGAAUAUAAAUGAAUAAGAGGUCCUCUCGAUUGAUCAUUGCAAAAUGCAAACUGCAAACUGCGAUAGUAUGAAUUGUGUUUCCUGUACAUUUGCUUGGGAAUUGAUGCACAUCCUUCAGCAAAAUUCUCUGAAUAUCUCUCUCAUCUCAUUUCAACCAAAUAGGCUAUGAUGCAGAUUACAUGGAUUUGCUUUAUAUAGAAUGAGGUUAUCUAACGGAGGAGGAGGAAUUAA